AUGUCCUUUACCGUAAAUUACCUUGAUAAGUUUGAAGGCUGGGAAAGUGCUUUGGAUCCAAACUCACUCAGCCUUCUUGAAAUGCUGGAAUUUCGUAGAACAAAAAAGGAUUUCUCUUUCGAUAAGUGGACCGAGCACUUCACGAUUUCCAAGCCAGUAUCUGUUUACAUUACGCUUAAGAGAAAGACGAAGUGGCGAGGGGAUAGAGAAGGAGUUGGGCUACGUGCCAAAAACAACCAUCUAAGCAACCCAGCUACGUGCCGGGCUUGGGAAUGGACACAGGGUGAAGAUGUGAAGUCGUUUUGGAGGAAUAUUGAAACCGAAAAAAUAGAGUCAGAAAAUAAUUUAUUGGAGGCGAAGAUAAAGCAAGCUGAAGUUCAAUUUUCUGUUGAUCGCACUUUGACGGGGAAUGAGGCUCAUAGAAUCUUCGACCAGAAAAAAAUAGAUUAUGCAAAUAAGAAUAGUAUCGGAGAAGACAAGGUAGUUGUAUUUUUCCACAGCGUUAGUAUAUUAGCCUGCAAUAAAAGUUCACUCUCACCUCUCGCAUGUACACAGAUAAGAACCGUUACAUUAGAAGAAGAGUCCUCCACUAAGGGAAAAAUGGAUAUGUCACUUGGACAUAAGCGAUCAUACGAUGAAGAAUUACCAUCAACUUCAUCAAAAAAGAUCAGUUCUUUUGAAAACGAAGAAGAGUUAGCUGAAGAAGAUAUCACUCAAGAGGAUGUGUUGAAUUCUAUUGCUGAAGUUUCUGAUAUCUUCGGGAAAACUAAAUUCCCAACAUACUAUAACAAACUAAAGUCUAUCUGGCAUAAUCGGGAUGCUGAGACGAAUUAUUAUGUUAUUGAUCUAGGAGAUGAGGAAACACUAAAUCAGGUUCACGAUCAUUUGAGCGAUAAUGAAUUGAAUUUUUUGUUUGAGAGGUUAAGAUUAACAGAUGAGGAUGAAUGUCUGAGUACGGAGGCGCGUAGAUAUAUGACACUGUUUGAUGAGAUGAUUGAGGAAGAGAGUUGUAAUGACGGUAAGAUAGAAGAUGAGGAAAAUUACACGACUGGUGGAAGAAACAGCGAAGAGUUUGAGAGAAAAGUCCAUCAAUUAGACAGUCUACCCAAAAAAUUUCAUUAUCUAUCUAACACCUUGCCUAUCCCAGCGGAGAGUUAUGAUCAAUCAGAAACGCCUGAUGUUUUUGUUAUCAAGAGCGUCUCUUGUCAUAUUGAUACGAGCACGAAAAUGAAUGGAUUAAUGAAGAGUACUCCCGAGCGUACAUGGACAGCCCAUGUAUUGGCGUAUAUAUUUUUCGUUACAUUUUGUUUCAUCGAUUCAUUGCAGUAUUUCUCGUGUGAACGAGAUAUUUCUACCAAGAUCGAUGCUCAAGAUGAUAGGUAUAAAGCCGAUGGUGUUUUAGAAUUGUUUGAGCGACCAAGGCAAAUACCAUUAUUUUUGCUCGAAGUGUCAGAAGGUCCCAAUAAUCCAGACCCAGAUAAAAUCAAAGGAGAUAGAACGAAGCUGAUGAACGAGGGUGUUUUUGCCCUUAACAAGUUUAUGAUUAGCACUGAGUUACCGGAAUGGAAAGUGUGUGAGGCAUUGGGUGUUUUCCUGGCCCAGGGAUUUGCCGAUAAAGUUGAAAUCGGACAAAUAAUAUUUAUUGGGCCUGGUCUGUAUCUUUUCUCGCCAUUUACAGUUCCAGCUCUCACAAUUCCAACUUCAAACACCAACCUAAAACAUGCACCUCGACUCAUCCGAACUCUCUUGUGUUUACGAUACAAUACUAUCGAAAAGAUUGAGAAGUUUAACGAACUUGAAAAGGAAGGUCAGCAACGUAUUGUGAAGCCUAUAACAAAGUAUGCAACUGGAGUUACACCAGGACGAUCUAGAGUUGUUACGUUUUCACAAUUCCUACCAAAAAUUUCAAGAGAGAGUAGUAAA